AUGUCAAGGGACUGGAUGACCUCGAAGGAUUUGGUGAAGUCUCCCUUGGUGAGGGCUCGAGUUGCGGCCAUCACGUGGUCCCUGACGUUCUCAGGAGGGCCGGUGAAAGUCUGCCUCUCGCUAAUAUCGAGAAGACGCCUGAAUGUCUUGCUGAUGAGUCGGCGCCUGGAGUCAUGGGUGUUGGCUGCCAUGUUCGGGACCUCGAGGAGCAUGGCGCAGAUGAGGUGCACAGCUUCUAGAAGCUCGAGAUUGAUGUGCAUGUGGUAUGGCAUCUGGCGUCGUCUUUCCAACCUCUCCUGUUAG